AUGCAUCGGCCUCAGCUGCACUCGCGGCUCAAUCUUGCUGAGCUGAAAGCUCAAUUAGUAAAGAGACUUGGGUCGGAUAGGUCAAAGCUGUAUUUUUUUUAUUUGAAUAAGUUGUUGAGUUUGAAGCUAAGUAAAGUUGAGUUCAAUAAGCUCUGUUUGAGGGUUAUUGGGAGAGAGAAUGUUACGCUUCAUAAUCAAUUAAUACGUUCAAUUUUGAAAAAUGCUUGUAAUGCAAAAGUUCCACCUUCUGGAUCAACUCAAGAUGGUGAUGGUCUUGGAUUUACCGGUGAUGGGUAUCAAGAAAAUGGGGAUGUUUUGUUGUCUUCUCCUUGGGGGGCGCAAUCGGGAAUCUCUAAUGGGAAGGUCGAAUUUUCUCGGCAAUCAACGAUUACAGGUAAUAAUAUAGUUUUAGAAAAUGGAGAUUUGGGUCAUGAAAUACUGAAGCCGUUGCAGCAUCAUCAAGUUGUCUCCAGGAAAACAAACAAUGAAGGGGAAAUUGGGCUUUGUCACCCUGCCAAAGAAAAAGCAUCUGCAGAUGGUUUACCAUCUGUAGAUAGCAAUGAACAAAGUGAAGUAUUAGUUGGAGAUGGUAUAGAGUUAUCCACUAGAAGUUCAAUUCAAGCACCACUUGGAAUACCACUUUGCUCGUUUAGUGUGGGUGGAGCCCGCCAGGCAUCACAUUUAGCAAGCAUUGGUAGAUGCUUUAGCUCCUAUGAUACUGGUGGACUGCUCAACACUGAAACACUGAAGGAACGCAUGCAACAGAUUGCUGCAGCAGAAGGCCUUGAAGACGUAUCAAUGGACUGUGCUAAUUUGUUGAACAUUGGGCUGGAUAUAUACUUGAAGAGGUUGAUCAGGUCUUCUAUUGAACCGGUAGGAGCAAGAUGUGGGCAUGACUUGAUGGCAAAAAAUAUAAGCAAGUAUCAUAAUCACGCAAAGCAUAGUGUUUUCAUCCCAGGUUAUCACUUUCACAUGCAAAGUAACAGUAGGCCUUUGGGAGAAAUGCGUGAACAUAGACAUAAUCUCCUGACAUCUUUGCUAGACUUCAAGGUUGCCAUGUGGCUGAAACCACAGCAGCUUGGAGAAGACUGGCCAUUGAUCCUUGAGAAAAUUUGUACACGUACGCUCAAAGAAUAA